AGCUUUAGACUAAGACCUUGCAAAAAUGGAUAUGAUCUACAGCCAGGUCUCUGAUUUGGCUUCUCUGGAAAACCCGGAUAAGUCGUCGUUUUCGGACGCCAGCGUCACGGCCCGGCGAGCUUCUCUUUCAGAUGAGGCGGUCAUACUGGCGUCCAGCUGCCCGAAAAGGCGGGCGGGGAGGAGGGGUUUCAAGGAGACCAGGCACCCGGUUUAUAGGGGUGUGAGGAGGAGGAACAACAACAAGUGGGUGUGUGAGCUGAGAGAGCCCAACAACAAGAAGGCCAGGACAUGGCUCGGGACUUAUCCGACAGCUGAUAUGGCGGCUCGUGCCCAUGAUGUCGCUGCAUUGGCGUUUAGGGGGAAGCUUGCCUGCCUCAACUUUGCUGACUCGGCUUGGCCGCUGCCCGUGCCGGCCUCCACCGAUGCCGCGGGGAUUAGGAGGGCGGCCACCGAGGCGGAGGAUGGUGGUGUUUAUGAGAAGGAGAGUAAGGCGGUGGUGAGCGAGGAGAAGGGUUGUGUAGAAAUGGAGGGAAGCAGCAACUUUUUUUAUUUGGACGAGGAGGAAAUAUUUGAGAUGCCAAGGUUGCUUGAUGACAUGGCUGAAGGGCUUAUGCUUUGUCCACCUCAAUGUUUAGAUGGCCACAUGGAUUGGAAUGACGUGGAAACUGAUGAUGAUUUGAAACUGUGGAGUUUUUCUAUUUGAUCGACCUC